AAUGCAAUAUUGUUUACUCGUGUGUAAUGAAAUGUAUUUGCAGAUAGCUUCCUCAUGAUAUUAAGCAAAUUCUUUCGAGGUAGUAGGCUUGAGUGACCAUUGGUGCAUAAUUGCAUCAAUUUUGUACGUCUGCAGUUACGCUUUGAAGCGAUGUUUAACGAAGUGGUUCAUCACGGUUAUUUGUUAUGUUGAGAUGUACCUCCUUCCAAUGUAGAACUUGUAUAAAAGGUACUCACAACUGCUAACAAAGCAUCACUUCUAUUUGUGUAACAUCUAGAGUGUUAGAGAUGAACUCCUUCUUGGUUGUAGCAUUGAUCUUCGCCGCUACUUCUUGCAGUUAUGCAGAAGAGAAGAAAGUCGAUAAAAGAGGAGUAAUAAGUGGUGGGCAUGAAUUGCUUGGAGGAGGCGGAGGUGGAUUCGGCGGUGGCCAUGGAGGAGGUCUCGGAGGUGGAUUCGGCGGCGGACAUGGAGGUGGCUUUGGAGGAGGAAUCGGGGGUGGAUUUGGAGGAGGAUUUGGAGGUGGUCUUGGCGGAGGCGGCGGCGGUGGAGGCGGUGGAGCCACUGUAACAACUAUCAAUCAAAACGUUCCAGUCGCGGUACCACAACCCUAUCCAGUUACAAUCACAAGACCGGUAGCUGUCCCUGUUCCCGUACAAGUACCAUACAAUGUACCUCGUCCUUACCAAGUAUCAGUGCCAGUACCUCAAACUGUAAUUGUACCAAGGCCAUACCCAGUCACCGUAACCAGGAGAGUUCCUGUUCCUGUACCACAGACCAUCCAAGUACCAGUACCACAACCUGUUGGCGUACCAGUACCACAACCGUAUCCAGUUACUGUUGCUCAACCUGUCCCAGUUAGAGUACCACAAACCGUUGUUGUACCAGUGCCACAAAUCGUCAAUGUUGGCGGCGGCGGUGGAGGAGGUGCCGGAUUCGGUGGAGGAUUUGGCGGAGGACUUGGAGGAGGAAUUGGAGGUGGAUAUGGAGGUGGAUAUGGCGGUGGACAUGGAUUGGGUGGUGGAUUUGGCGGCGGACACGGAGGCGGUGGAGGAAGUUACAGCUUCUCGUCUGGAAAAGGAAGUGGACAUUUUUCCUCUUUCUCCGGAGGACAUGGAGCGUCUGGUUUCUCUAGUGUUUCCUUAGGUCAUGUACAUCAAACCAAACGGUUUACUUUCACCACUAUUCCUAGUGCUUUGCAAAAAAUGUACUAUGCUGCUUUUUUAAUCCUCGCCAUUUCAUCCGGCUCUCGUGCUGAAGAUAAGAGAAUCCAAAAAAGGGGUUUAAUUAGUGGUGGCCAUGAAUUGUACGGAGGAGGCGGAGGUGGAUUUGGCGGUGGUCAUGGGGGUGGUAUUGGAAUCAGUGGCGGCUAUGGAGGAUAUAUUGGAGGUGGAAUCAGUGGAGGACAUGGAGGAGAUAUUGGAGGUGGAAUCAGUGGAGGUUAUGGAGGAGAUAUUGGAGGUGGAAUUGGAGGUGGCAUCGGAGGUGGAUUUGGAGGCGGCGUAGGCGGAGGAGCUGGAGGAGGCGGAGGCGGCGGUGGUGCUACCGUAACAACCAUCAAUCAAGCAGUUCCAGUUCUUGUACCACAGCCUUAUCCUGUUACCAUUACACGUCCAGUAGCUGUACCAGUACCAGUUCAAGUACCAUACACAGUACCUCGUCCAGUACAAGUUUCAGUACCAGUACCUCAAACUGUAAUUGUACCAAGGCCAUAUCCAGUCACUGUCUCUAGGCCAGUACCUGUACCAGUUCCUCAAGCAGUUCCGGUACCAUUCCCACAACCAGUCGGUGUACCAGUACCACAACCUUACCCCGUAACUGUCGCUCAACCUGUCCCAGUUAGGGUACCUCAAACUGUUGUAGUACCAGUACCACAAAUUGUCAACAUCGGCGGCGGCGGUGGAGGAGGAAUUGGCGGAGGAAUCGGAGGUGGAAUUGGCGGAGGAAUUGGAGGUGGAAUUGGAGGUGGCAUUGGAGGAGGAUAUGGAGGAGGAUAUGGAGGAGGAUAUGGAGGAGGAUUUGGAGAACAUGGAAUCGGAGGUGGAUUUGGUGGCAGUGGACAUGGAUUUUCACAAGGAAGUGGUCAUGGUGGUAGCGGUAGUUACAGCUAUGGAUUCUCAGCUGGAAAAGGAAGUGGAUUUAGCAGUGUGUCCUUAGGACAUGGUCAUUAA